AUGCCGUACGAUGAGGAGCUGGUGCGCCUCAACAAUGGUGACGGGGAGGCGAAGAAAAAGGAAAAUAUGAAUGGUUGGCGAGGACCCUCCACCUCCACUGCUGUUUCUCCAAAACGACGAGCGCGGCUUGUCGCGAAAGAUGGGGAAACCCUGCUCUCCCUCAUCCACCUCCCCCAACGAUUCCAGCUGUGGUACCGCAAUUGGUUCCACCUGAUCAUCGAGCAAGAGUGGCGGACGAUACUCAUCAUUUUCUCCGGGGGCUUCUUCUUCUCGUGGGCAUUCUUUGGCGCCCUCUACUAUAUGAUAUCAGUGCUGGCGAAACCCCGAAUAUGCAUCGAAAAAGUCCACACGAUCGUCGACGCCUUACUUUUUAGCAUGGAAAGCCAGCAUACGAUUGGCUACGGGUACAGAUAUAUGACAAACGAGUGUCCCCCAGCGUACACGGUCCUGAUGGUCCAGCUCGUGGUCGGGUGCUUCCUGCAGACGAUGCUUGCCGGGAUCGUGGUGGCCAAGGUGUUGAGGCCGAAGAAGCGGAAACAGGAGAUCCGCUUCUCCAAAAAGGCAGUCAUCGGCCCGGUAGAUGAACACGAUCAUCGACCAGCGCUAAUGAUACGCCUCGCCGACAUUCAACAAAAUCUAUACCUAGCCGAAAGCCAUGUCCGGAUGUACAUGGCAUCGUCGCGGAUAAAUCGGCGCGGCGAUCGAGAACUAAUCGGCGUGAAAGAUAUGAACGUUGGCUACGACUCCGGUUGGGAUCGAGUCCUAUUGUUAUGGCCAAUAAUCAUCCGCCACAUCAUCGACGAGGAGAGUCCGCUUUUUGGGUUGUCUAAAGAAACAUUAAGGAUGACCGAAUUCGAGUUGAUCAUGACGGUGGAGGGGAUCGUGGAAGCCACUGGAAUGACAUUUCAAGCCCGAACGUCUUUUCAACCAGAUGAAAUCAUAUGGGGGUACAAAUUUUCUUCAAUGAUCCUAGUCAACGAAAAGACCCAGAAAUGGGAGGUGCACUACGGGCUCUUCGAUCAGGUCGAGCCCUGUGACGGCAUCGAGGCGCACCUCGCAGAAACCGAGGAGUGCGAAGAUGACGAGCACCACCUGGCAAAAUCGGGUUUCAUG